AAGGGAGACUCUUGCGUUGCAUUCAACGGGAGACAUUUGGUUCCAUACCACCAAGGUUAAGUUUGAACCAUUUAGCGUAGAUAUCCACAAUAGUGGAUGUAAGAAAACUAAGACGAAUUUUGUUUUUCUCACCUAUUUCAGCUGAAACCGUAAGGACUAAUGGGUAUUGCACUGGUUUUUCUUGGCUUUAUUCUACAGUACUGCUACCGAUCUGUCGAAGGGACGUGUUCAGUUGGGAGCGCAGUGACUUGUGACCGUUGUCUUCAGCUGGGCCCCCAGUGUGCUUGGUGCACGCAAGAGAACUUCACAGAAAUGUUUUCAGUGAGUGAGCGAUGCGACACUGAAGAGGCUCUCCAACAGAAGGGAUGCUUGCGCAGCUUUGUGGAGUUCCCAGUCUCUAGCAUGGAGGUUCAGCUGAAUAAUUCCUUAGGGAAAGCCGGCGAUGGAAACCGUACGCACAUAGCACCUCAAAGGAUAUCAGUUAAGCUGCGGCCAGACAGUAACAUAACGCUUCAAAUCAAAGUCCAGCAAACGGAGGACUACCCAGUGGACCUCUACUACCUCAUGGACCUCUCUGCAUCCAUGUUUGAUGACUUGAAAAUGAUCAAGAACCUAGGGUCCACUCUCUCCAAGGCAAUGGCCAAGCUUACCAGUAAAUUCAGGCUUGGCUUUGGGUCCUUUGUAGAAAAACCUGUGCUACCCUUCAUCAAAAUCACCAAAGAGGAACUGGAGAAUCCAUGCUGGGGUAUAGAUAACACAUGUCUGCCAGCCUUUGGGUACAGGCAUGUUCUGUCUCUGACCAGCAGCACACAGAAGUUCAGUGAGAUUGUCUCCAAGCAGCAAGUAUCUGCAAACAAUGACAUGCCAGAGUGUGGCUUUGAUGCCAUCAUGCAGGCAGCAGUUUGUGGGGAUAAGAUCGGCUGGAGGAAUGACUCCAUGCGUUUGUUGGUGUUUGUCAGCGACGAUGACUCCCACUUCGGGAUGGACAGCAAAAUGGCUGGCAUUGUACUCCCUAACGAUGGCCAGUGCCACUUGGACAGCAACAAUGAGUACUCCAUGGCAGCCCAGCUGGAGUAUCCUACCUUAGGGCAGCUGAUAGAGAAAGUGGUGGAGAACAACAUCCUGCUCAUAUUUGCAGUGACUGACAAAGUCAGACAAAACUAUGAGCAUUAUGCACAUUUCAUACCUGGAGCCACAGUUGGCAAACUGGAAGAAGAUUCCAGGAACAUCCAGGAACUUAUCAUGACAGCUUAUAAGGAGCUGCGCUCUGAGAUUGACCUGGAAGUUCUGGGGGACACAGAGGACCUUCAGCUCUCUUUCACUGCCAUGUGCCAGGAUGGCAGUGUUCACCCAGGGCACAAGCGCUGUUCCAACGUCAAAGCUGGUGACAUGGUGACGUUCAACGUGACGUUACAGCUGAGCAAGUGCCUGCCAGGGCCGCGGCAUUUCCACAUCCGUCCGGUGGGCAUGCAGCAGGCCCUGGAGGUGGAGCUGGAGUCCCUGUGCACCUGCGACUGCCAACACGCCCCGCAGGCCAACGGCAGCGACUGCGGCCAUGGCACAUUCACCUGCGGCAUCUGUGUGUGCGAGCCUGGCUACAUGGGGCCCAGGUGUGAGUGCACAGAGGAGAAGGCCCAGAGCAGCGACUGCAGAGUGGAUGAAGAGGCCGAGGUGUGCAGUGGUCAGGGCAUGUGUUUCUGUGGGGAGUGCCUGUGCUACCCAUCCAGCUUUGGCCGUGUGUAUGGCCGCUACUGCGAGUGUGAUGACUUCUCCUGCCCUCGAUUCAGAGGAGAACUCUGUGGGGGCCAUGGUGAGUGUGACUGUGGAGAGUGUGUGUGUCACCAUGGCUGGAUGGGUGAGUCCUGCAACUGCAGCACCAGCGUGGACAGGUGUGUGUCGGCGGACGGGGCCGUGUGCAGUGGCAAGGGGGCGUGUGUGUGCGGGAGCUGUGUCUGCUCUGUGGCCGGAGCAUCAGGAGACACCUGUGAGAAAUGCCCCACCUGUGGAGACUCCUGCUCCUCCAUCAGGUCUUGUGUUGAGUGUCACCUUCAGCAAGAUGACUCUCCUGAGAGAGAAAGAUGUCUUCAUGCUUGCAGCUCUCCUCUCGCCUUUGUCAGCAAUUCCACAGACUUUGAUGAGAGUCAGUCCGUGGCCUGUUCUCUUCAGACUACCAGUGAGUGCUUCAUAUCAUACAGCCUAGUCGAGGCCGACCAUGGCAUCACCGUCUACAACCUCAAACAGUAUGAUUGCCCUGAGCCUCCGGACAUCGCGAUGAUCGUGCUGGGUGUGUCCCUAUCAGUUCUCACCAUCGGGAUCAUCUUGUUGGGGGUCUGGAAGCUGCUGGUGUCUGUCCAUGACCGCAAGGAGGUGGCUAAGUUUGAGGCAGAGAGAGCAAAGGCCAAAUGGCAGUCGGGAACAAAUCCACUCUUCAGGAGUUCUACGUCGACCUUCAAAAAUGUGACAUACAAAAACAAUGGGAGGCAAAAAGUGGACAUUGGUCUAUCAAACUACUGAGUCCAGAUUGAAAGACUACAGAUGAAACGCACUCUAGCUGCUGACUGCACUGUUUGUUUGUUUGUGUGUGUGUGUGUGUGUGUGUGUGUGUGUGUGUGUGCGUGCGUGCAUGUGUAUGUGUGUAAAGAAAGAAAGGGAGAUAUUGAUUUUAGAGAAUUCUCAUUGAGAUUCACCUUAUUUUCUGAAUCAAAUGUUUUGUGUAUUCAGGGAUUUUUACAUUUUUGAACGGCCAUGACAUUACAGACUUCUGUUACUACUGAAAAAGUACAACUACUUGGUUUUGCCACUGAUUCUUCUGCUUGACUGGGCACUAGAUUUGUUUUUAGUGUUUAGAGAAUAUUUGUGUGCUUUAACAAUAAAUGACCAUGAUUAAUUAUUUUAACUUUCUGUAUGUUUAGGGUUUUCUGGAAAUGUUGGCUAAAACCCAUUUGACCAUGUUUGAAAUUGAGGCUGAGCCUUGAAUUGUUUGAUAUGUGUGAUAAAAUGAGGAUAAUUAUUAUUGAAAUAAAUUUGAACUUGGCUGGAUCAAAUAA